AUGGCGGAAACACUUUUGUCGUUUGGAGUCGAGAAGCUUUGGAACCUCCUUGUUCGACAAUCUGAGCGACUUCAGGGAGUUGAUGAGCAGUUCAAUGGACUGAAAAGUGAUCUGAAUAUGUUGAGGUGCUUUUUGGGAGAUGCAGAUGCCAAGAAACAUACAAGUUCAAUGGUGAAAAACUGUGUGGAAGAGAUCAAGGAAAUCGUUUUCGAUGCAGAGGAUGUAAUCCAAAACUUUCUUCUUAAGGAAGAACUUGGACGAACGAGUGGGAUCAGGAAGCGCAUGAGAAGACUUCCUUUCAUAAUAUUGGAUCGCAGGGAACUUGCAUCCAACAUGGAAGGCAUAAGUAAGAGGAUUUCCAAGGUGAUUAGCGAUAUGACAUAUUUCGGGGGACAACAGAUUAUUGCCGAUGGCAGGUGUUCACAACCUCUUCAAGGGAGAUGA